CAGUUGGUAAAAGUGAAGCGUUGCGUGCGGUUGUCUUUGUCCACACAUAUAAUAAAAAAACAACUAAAAUAUAUAAGUACUUCAUACAUUAUUCUAGUUCAACUCUCAAUCGCCGCUGACUCGUCUGUGGUGUACAAGCUUUUUUAGAUUUAAACCACCCACUCAACAACAAUAAUGUUUGUGCUGCGCACGUUGCUGCUGCUGGCAGUGAGCGCCACUGUGGCGCUGGCCCAGCGUCGUCUGGCGCUGCCGGAUCCGCGCAGCUGCGCCAAUCGUGUGAGGCAUGCCACCUAUCGUGAUGCCCGUGGCGUCUCGCAUUCAUACUUCUUCAGCUGGGAGCAUGCGCCGACGCGCAGCUUGGAGGUGGACUGGCUGGAUGCGCGCAACAUUUGCCGGCGGCACUGCAUGGACGCCGUCUCGCUGGAGACGCCACAGGAGAAUGACUUCGUGAAGCAGCGUAUCGCUCGUGGCAAUGUGCGCUACAUCUGGACAUCGGGCAGAAAGUGCAACUUUGCUGGCUGCGAUCGCCCCGAUCUGCAGCCACCCAAUGAGAAUGGUUGGUUCUGGUCUGGAUCCGGUGGCAAGAUUGGUCCCACAUCGCAAAGGAACACUGGCGACUGGUCGGCAACGGGCGGUUACAAUCAACCACAGCCUGAUAAUCGUGAGGCUGCGCAGGGCAAUGAUGAGAGCUGCCUGUCCAUUUUGAACAACUUCUACAAUGAUGGCAUCAAGUGGCACGAUGUUGCCUGCCACCACAUCAAGCCCUUCGUCUGCGAGGAUUCCGAUGAGCUGCUCAACUUUGUGCGCUCCCGAAAUCCGAAUGCGCGUUUGUAAUUCUAAUACACUAUGAUAAGCUUAAAAUGAAGAUAGAAAUGAAAAGAAAAACAGGAAAUACAACAAAUAUUUAUGUAGCAUUAAACGGAGCAAUGAUUGAUCGUCUGAUUGACGGAUUGAUCAACGGCUUUCCACGCGCUUUUUGGCCAAUUCCAUUCAUAUUAUUUUUAUGCUUUUGUUUGCAACAAAUUUUACAAGCAAAAAUUUGAAUAACAUUUCCGUGUCGAUUCGCGCAUGAAAAACAAAAUUGUUAAAUAAUUUUUAAAAAUUGUUAAUAAACAUUGAAAUUGAAGCGAUAACAA